AACAGGUGGGGCAUCCGUUCAACAAUAGUCUGUGGAGACUGUCACAGACGAAUACUGCUUCGAGUUGAAAAUUGUUGUCAUUCCAACAAACUAGUCAAAUGAAAACUAAGUUACAGUAAGGAUAAAUUGGUUCAGGAUCAUUUGUUUUAUAUGCUCCACUUGUCUGCGCUCACUGCAGACUUCGAGGACAACAAUUUUCAGAGGCGAGGUGACCAACCACCACCAGGCAGCAACUAUGAACUAUUCCAAUAUGAACGUCCUUCAGAGGCCCAUGAAUCACUUUUUCCAUCCACAUUACUUCGGCUGGGCUCAGUUCCAGCGGAAGACACGCAAGUCAACCUUUUCCUUGCCGGCAGAACCAGCGGAAUGAGUCACCUCCCUCUGCUUCGAAUCGGCACCGAGGGGCGGCGAUAUGACAAUUAAGGACGCAUUUCGAACUCGUGUCCUUCCAAAGUACACUAGCAACGUUACCGGGACGGUUUCCUUUUGAACAACUUGGCAAAUGUACAAUCAUUGGUCUUGAAAUAUGUGAACAUUUGAUCGAAACUUCGCAGCCAUCAGGGUUUAUAUUGACCUGCCGGGACAUGGAUCUUCAAGUGACUGUUUGGCUUAUUUACUGCUUUUUUCUGCCGCUCGUUUUGUUAACAGCUUGUCUUGUGCGCUACAACGUACUCUCCCUGGUCUACUUUGUUUACCUGUUGUUGCUGCCCUGGUUUCUGUGUCCCAACAAACACACCAUCAGAGGACAUACCGGCCAUUUCAUCAGAGCCAUAUUUUGUACCAGUCUGCUGUUUGUACUCGCUCAUGUCUGCUUUCAGACCGUCCUAUACACCUAUCCUCCUCUAAACAUUGCUAUUGGUGACAACUGUUCGCACAUGGCUACCAUAAGCAGACAUAUCGGAGUGUCCAGGCUUCCACUGGAGGAUCCUUGGACUGUGUUGCGCCUACUGUGUCCCGACCUGGUGCUGUGUGCUAUUUCUUUGUUAACCAUCAUCCUUUGUAGAAGAUUAGUCAUGACCCGAGACAUACUGGCUGCAGCAAAUAUUACCACUAUGCAAGAAGAAGAAGAAGAAGAAGAAGAAGAGGAGGAGGAAGAAGAAGAAGAAGAAGAAGAAGAAGAAGAAGACGAAACAAACGACAAGGCUGAAAGUGAGCAAGAAUCAGAGGACGAGGAUGACGAAGGAUCAUUUCCUUGCGACGCCGCUCGGGAUCUUUCGACGGCAACCUUGGCCAAGCAGCUGGCUGAGCGUCUGAAGCCGGUGGUCCAUAAAGUACUGCUGGACCUUUGGAGAAUCUUUGCCGUCAGCCUACUUGCUUUGGCCGGAAUCGCAUUGCCCUCGGCUUUCUCGGCCGUCUACUUCCUGCUUUUCCUGGCUGUCUGCACGUGGUGGGCAUGUCACCUUCCAAUGAGUCCCCUGGCUUUCAACACACUCUAUGUGAUGGUGGGCUUCUUCACCGCUGGCCAUAUUCUUGGUCUCUACCUAUACCAGUGUCUUCUGGCCCAGGUUCUCUUUCCACCCCGCAGUCUGUGGGCAAGGCUCUUUGGUCUGAAGGACAUUAUCAAACCUGGAAACUGCUCGACACCGUACGACUUCAGCCUCAACAUGGAAUAUGACUGGCCGGUGUAUGUUAACCCGGGACUACUGUUCCUUCUCUACGUCAUCUCAGCAAUGGUUCUGAAGACAGGAGGCCAUAGAUCACUGAACCAGGACGAAUACAAGCAAGAGCAGGUGAAAAAUGCAAACGAGCCAAAGGACGAGACGCUAGAAUUGAGCGCGUGGAAUCAAAAGAGAGGGGAUGACGACUGUGAAGAUGACGUACAGCGCAUGCUCUUGUGUGCGGGAACAGAGCCGAGUCCAGGGGGAAGUGUGGCUGAGGAAGGUCGAGCACAAAAUGGUUUUGCUGUCGGCCAGCCGUCCGAAAGCCCCAUUUCGAUGCUGGCCAAGACAAUCAUGCAGCAGAGUUACGUUUGCGCUCUGAUAGCGAUGAUGGUCUGGAGCAUCACGUACCACAGCUGGCUGACAUUUGUGCUGCUCCUGUGGGCUUGUCUCAUCUGGAUUCUGCGUGCGAGACGACGCGCCGCCAUGCUUUGCUCUCCGUUCAUCAUGCUCUACGCGCUGGCACUGUGUUGUCUGCAAUACGUUUGGGCCAUGGAGCUUGCGCCGGAACUGCCGACCACCGUGGGAAGCAUGAGUCUCAGGCAGCUAGGGUUGGAUAAAGCCCAGUACCCCUGUCUCAGACUGGGAGCUAUGCUCCUGUUCACGUCAACGUUCUGGCUUUUAGUACGUCAGUCGGUGAAGGAAAAAUUCAGCAAGAGUAGGACAACAGCCACACCACUAGAAGAAGUCACUUCAACAGGGAUGGAUUCCACAAACCAAUCCCUGCCAAAGGUCCUGGGAGGCUUGGUGCUAAGUUUCUAUGCCAAGUAUUGGAUCUAUGUGUGUGCUGGGAUGUUCCUCAUGGUCUCUUUUGUGGGAAAACUUGUUGGCUACAAGCUGGUCUACAUGCUGCUUUUCCUCCUCUGCCUCUGUAUAUAUCAGCUCUACUACUCUAUCUGGAGGCGUCUAUUGAAGCUCUUCUGGUGGCUGGUCGUGGCCUACACCAUGUUGGUAUUGAUCUCCAUCUACACGUUCCAGUUUGAAGACUUCCCUGGUUAUUGGAAGAAUUUGACCGGACUCACCGAACAACAGCUCACAGCCAUCGGUCUGGAGACCUUUGCCCUCUCCGAGCUCUUCACCAGUAUUAUGACCCCCGGAUUCUUCUUGCUGGCCUGUAUUCUGCAGUUGCACUAUUUCCACAAGCCCUUUAUGAGAAUUACUGACCCCGAACACGUGACACUGAUUCACCGGAAAAGCAGCUGCGAGCAGACCCCGUUAACCGCUAUUGUCGAUGAAUCGGAAGAUAAAGUGGACUUCAUGCCCAGUAAAUGGGCUCUGGUGGUUGACAGGCUACUGGUCCUGUUGGACAAGUUCUCGGACAUUCUCAACAAAGCUCAGGUCUUUCUCUGGACUCUUCUGGACCUUCACAUCACUAAGAUGGUGGCACUCUACACUGUGUGGGUUGCGCUUGAGGAGCCAUCGGUGUUUAACCUGGUCCUGGUGACGCUGUGGUCUUUGGCCAUGCCAUUCAGUGGCUUCCGACCCAUGGCUUCCAGCCUGUCCACGAUCUGGGUGUGCGUCAUCAUCAUGUGUAAAAUGUUGUACCAGCUUAGCGUCGUCAGCCCGACCCAGUACUCCAACAACUGCAGCCUGCCGCUUGUGAACGAGACCAACCUUUUACCAAGGGAAAUCCUGAAUUCGUCCUUGUACAAGGCACCGGUGGACCCGGCCGACUGGUUUGGCAUCAGGAAGGAAGCGAGUGUACUGGCCUAUAGCAAGAAGCAUUUAGCCGUGCUGCUGUUGCUGGUGUUUGAGGCCACAGUGUAUCGCCACCAGGCCCACUACUAUCGUCAGCUGGGACAAGCCCCCUCCAAAGUACCUGCUCUGUUCCCAGACGCCACGAGGGAUACUUUAGACCAAGGCCUUCUAGCCUGCUUCAAGUACCUGCUCAACUACGCCUUCUACAAGUUUGGAUUAGAGAUCUGCUUCCUGAUGACUGUGAACGUGAUCGGCCAACGGAUGAACCUCUUGGUUAUAAUCCACGGUUGUUGGUUGGUGGCCAUCUUGGUGAGACGACGUCGGGCGGCCAUUGCGAGGAUAUGGCCAAAAUAUUGUGUCUUUCUGGCCAUCUUCACCAUUUAUCAAUAUGUUCUAUGUGUGGGUAUACCACCUGCUCUGUGUAAAGAUUACCCAUGGCGGUGGAACACCCCGCUUCUGAUGAACUCUGCUCUUAUCAAAUGGCUUUUUCUGCCAGACUUCUACACUGCGCCCAACUCCAAAAACCUCAUAGUGGAUUUUAUGCUUCUGAUUUGCGCAUCCCAGCAGUGGAAAGUAUUUAAACGCGAGCAGUGUGAGGAGUGGGUGCGUCUGGCUGGAGACAAUACAGACAACCCUGAACCAAUGAAAGGUGGCCAGCUUAAUCCUGUGCCCAACUUUGUCAACUGCAGGAGUUACCUGGACAUGGCUAAGGUUUUGGUUUUCCGCCACUUAUUCUGGUUUGUAUUGUCAGUGGUCUUCAUGACCGGAGCGACUCGGGUCUCUGUGUUUGGAUUGGGAUACCUUCUCGCUUGUUUUUUUUUCUUGCUCUUUGGGACCCAACUCUUAGUCCAAGCCUCCAGGACGCGCCUUGCCAUGUGGGACUGUCUCAUCAUCUAUAAUGUGACAGUCAUCAUAUCCAAAAAUAUUUUAUCAAUUCUGGCAUGCGUGUUUGUUAUUGAGAUGCAAAAGGGCUUUUGUUGGAUGAUCCAACUCUUCAGUUUAGUCUGCACAGUCAAGGGAUACUACGAUCCAAACUUAGUUAGUGAUAAGAAGUGCAGCCUCCCUAUCGAGGAAGCUGGAAUCAUCUGGGACAGCAUUUGUUUUCUCUUCCUGCUGCUGCAGAGACGGGUCUUCCUCAGUUUCUAUUUCUUCCAUGUUGUAGCGGAAUUGGAGGCAUUUGGCAAACAAGCCUCAAGGGGGUUUGAGCUCUUCAAAGCCACUAUCAUGAAGAACAUCAAAUCGCACCAACAGGCCGAGAUGAAAUCCUUAUCGCAGCUCAAGAGAUCAAUGCAAAGAAUUCGCUCUAAACAGCAGAGGUGCAGAGAUGGCCCUAAAGUUAGUGACGAAGACAACCAGAGUCCGAGUGCUGAAACGAAGACGGAGAGAAAGAACGGAAGCUGGUCUCAAUCGUGGCUCGACCACGCAACAGUGCUGCAUUCAGGGUGGUACUACCUUUUUGAAUCGGACAGUGAGGGCGAAUGUGAAGUGCUGUCAGAGGAGCCGAAGCCUCCGAAACAGACCGCCUAUCAGGUCAGGCACAGAAAUAAUCGCCAAAGCCCUCGGGUGCUGGCAGCGGUUGCAGCUUGGGACCCAAUAACUUCAAAUAGUCAGCAAAAUGGACGCUGCUCUUGUAAGUCAUCUUGUCUCGGCCCCGUGUCGCAAUGCUUCGUUGAUUUGCUUUCCCAGUUGGCUUAUCAGGCGUGGGGGAACAAUGUGAAAAGAGCUCUCAAAGAACAUCAGCGAAAGCGAAGGUCGCAGCGAAGACGUGAACCGGUCGAGGACGAGAGUGGCACACCGCACACUUGGCCAGAGGAAUCUUGCUCCGUGACAGGCUCCGAGGACAAUGACGUGUUUGAAGAUCCCCAAAUGAAGGAGCCGGAGGAGUCUGGUCGCGGAGAGAUUGUUCAGAGGAUCUUGGAUAUCGUGCGUUUCUUAUGGGCCAUAGUACUGGCGAUCAUGGAUGGAUUGACCCAGUGGCUCAACCUGCUGACUAAGCAGUAUAGGGAAACAUCGGCCGUGCUGUGCAACGAACGCUACUUCUUCAUACACAAGAUAGAACAACCUCCUCGCACAGCAGCAGGCUCCAUGGGUGACCAUUCUCAAGGCGCUGAGAGCCCACCACUAUACUACGGGACACCGACUGAGAGCAAUCAAUACCGUCUUUUGGAGGAGACACAGAUUGCGGAGGACUCGGCCCCUCCCAGAGCCAGACUCGACAGCACGGCAAAGCUCUUGAGCCCAGAACUCACGCUUGGAAGCCACUUGACAGCUGAGAGCCCAUUCGGACAACAGCGCAGACACUCCCGAACAGCCAGCGAAGUGCUGGGAGACAGGGACUUCUUGAUCCAAGAGCUGGAAGAAAGCACGGUGUUCUACAACAGGCAAAACCGCACGCUGAAGCUCUUGUUUGCCACACACAAUGUGUUGGCGGCCAACUCUGAGCUGGUGUGUUAUUUGAUCAUCAUCUUGAAUCACGUGGUCAGCGCCUCUGUGAUAUCGCUGGUAUUGCCCAUAAGCGUCUUUCUGUGGGCUAUGCUGACUGUGCCCAAACCCAGCAAAACCUUUUGGAUGACAGCCAUUAUCUACACUGAGGUGAUGGUGGUGAUCAAAUACCUUUUUCAGUUUGGAUUUUUUCCCUGGAACAGUGAUUACGAGAUGACUUUAAACCAAGACAAGCCUUUCUUUCUACCGCGCAUCCUCGGCGUGGAGAAAACUGACACUUACAUAAGAUACGACCUCCUCCAGCUGCUGGCUCUCUUCUUCCAUAGAUCUUUGCUCAUGCGUUAUGGCUUGUGGGACCACAAAGACCCCUUGGUGGAAGAAAGUAGUAACUCAUCAGGUCAUGGCAAGGAAGGAAAAGGCAAAAACACAGACGGAACGCUAAACUCGGUGUCGAGCACAGAAAAGCUCAACCUGGAACAACGUGCAAAGCUCUUUCCAGCUGACUCAGCAGCAUCCCUGGACACACAGGAACACGUGUGCGGGUGGAAUCCUUCCACAGGUGUGAAGAAGGAGCAAAUGAGCGGGAGCAACAAAGAGGUCUUUGAGGAAAUGACGCGGAAAAAGAGCGGGCUCCACUUACGCAAGAAGCCCAGAGAGCUUCGAGCGAAGGCCGCCACUGAAAGCGCAGCUCCCCCCAACAAAGAGCUUAGGACGAGAAAGAAGAAAGGCAAAAGGAAAGAAGCAGCCGGCAAUCGGAUACGGGCUGUCGGACGCAAGCUCAAACAAGUCUUUCUCUCCGGGAUUCGGGGACUUUACCGACCCGUCGGGGCUUUCUUCCUGGAUACUCUCCGAGCCGAUUAUCGUGUCGGCGCUGACGUCUACGCGCUCAUGUUCUUGACCGAUGUCAUCGACUUCAUCAUCAUCGUCUUUGGAUUUUGGGCUUUCGGGAAACACAGCGCAGCAGCUGACAUUGCCUCCAGCUUGUCAGAGGACCAAGUUCCUGAAGCCUUUCUGGUGAUGCUCCUCAUCCAGUUCACCACCAUGAUCAUCGACAGAGCUUUGUACCUGCGGAAGGCCGUCCUGGGGAAGCUCAUUUUCCAGGUUGUUCUCGUCCUGGGGAUACACCUGUGGAUGUUCUUUAUCCUCCCUGCUGUCACUGAAGGGAGAUUCAAUCAGAACUUUGUGGCCCAGCUGUGGUACUUUGUCAAGUGUAUUUACUUUGCCCUGUCAGCGUACCAGAUCCGUUGCGGCUACCCGACUCGUAUUCUUGGCAACUUCCUGACUAAAAACUACAGCCACCUCAACUUGUUUCUCUUUCAAGGUUUUCGUCUGGUCCCUUUCCUUGUAGAGUUGCGGGCGGUAAUGGACUGGGUUUGGACGGACACCACUCUGUCUCUGUCCGAUUGGAUGUGCGUGGAGGACAUUUACGCCAACAUUUUCAUCAUCAAAUGCAGGCGUGAGACUGAAAAGAAAUAUCCCCAGCCCAAAGGACAAAAGAAAAAGAGGAUGGUGAAAUACGGAAUGGGCGGACUCAUCAUCAUCUUCUUGGUGUGCAUCAUCUGGUUUCCGCUGCUCUUCAUUUCAUUGGUCAGGUCCGUGGUGGGUGUCGUCAACCACCCCAUUGACGUGACUGUCACCGUCAAGCUCGGAGGCUACGAGCCUCUCUUCACCAUGAGUGUCCAGCAGCAGUCCAUCAAACCCUUGACAGAGGUGGAAUACGAAAACCUCACCAAGAAGUUUGGGAACAAUGCGGUGGCUAUGCAGUUCAUUUCUCUGUACGGCUACGAGGACGUGGUGACGGCCACCAUUGAAGGCAGUUCGGGCUCAGUGUGGAGGAUAAGCCCCCCGAGCAGACAGGAAGUCAUAAAAGAACUGAUGGGAAGCCCCGCUGACCUAACGUUGCGUCUGGCGUGGAAUUUCCAAAGGGACCUGGGAAAAGGAGGGACCGUGGAGCACACGUUUGACAAACAUUCAAUCGACCUGGAACCGGGGAACCCCGUAAGAGCUGACCUGGCUUCUCUUCUGCUCGGCAAUCACACAGAGCCGGUGCACGUUCCAAAUAUGUUUCCAAAUUACAUCCGGGCGCCCACCGGAGCAGAGGCCAAACCCGCCAGUCAACUAUACGAAGGAAAUGAAGAAGGCUUCCAGAAUAUCACCCUGUCGCUGAAGAGUGACAAUUCACUCGACUCCAGUGGCAAACAGGAAUGGUGGGACAUUGCCAUCGGAGGCUGCGACCCUUCCGCGUGCGGCCUCCUGUCCAUGAUCAUAUUCAACGACAAAGUCAGUCCGCCCAGUCUUGGCUUCCUGGCUGGAUAUGGAAUCAUGGGUUUGUACGUCUCCGUGGUCUUGGUCAUUGGAAAGUUUGUCCGAGGCUUCUUCAGUGAGAUCUCUCACUCCAUCAUGUUUGAGGAGCUCCCGUGCGUCGACCGUAUACUGAAGCUUUGUGUGGACAUAUUCCUGGUGCGUGAAACUGGAGAGCUGGAGCUGGAAGAGGAGCUUUAUUCCAAACUCAUCUUCCUUUAUCGAUCACCGGAAACCAUGAUUAAAUGGACCAGGGACGUCCGUGGCCGAGACUGACGCUAACUGAAAUGGACAGGAAUACAAAGCGUCUCUCUUAUCAGGUCUAUGUUUACAAAAUGUUUUUUUCAAAGUGCCCAGUGUAAUGUCGUCCAUAUCGAAAGUGCCUUUUUCCCCCAAAAUUAUUUAUUAGUGGUGAACGGCUACGCCUGAAACUCUAAGGAGCCCUUUGAGUGAGUCGGCACUUUGUUCUUUUGAUAUACAAUCCCUGACAGAAGUUCUGUCGCUUAUCCACGUCAAAGGAACAAAAGCUGACUUUAAAUUCAUCCAUUGGUUAUAGAAAUGACUCAUAUGACAGCUGAAACUCUUCAGAAUGAGAUGUAAUGUAUAAAAAUAAAUGUGCUGCUUGAC